CCCCACCCAUAGAAAUAAUAAGCAUAGAAAAAACACCACCGCAAGAAAAUAAAAUAGAAGGUAGCACGAGAGCUCUGAAGGGUUCCAAGUUUGUGCGAGGUUGGGAGUGGAGUUGAGAAAACUCGAUGGCAGGAUUCAAGGCUUCUCAAGCGGCGGCCGAACCCGGCGAGACUCAGGGAAGUUGGUUUUCUUCUUCUUCUUCUUCUUCUGGUUCUUGUGGCAGGGGAGAUUCAAAGAAAGUGAUGAAAUCAGAAGUUGAUGGGAUUCAGAAGAGCAGCAGUAUGAGGGAAGCUGAAAGAGCGGAGAGAAUCCUGAACGUUGUUUUUUGGGGUCCUCAUUUAGUUUGAUGCGCAAAAACAGCCAGGUGGGGAAAAAAAAUAACGACAUUAUCAUCAUAUGAGUCUCAAAUCUAUAAGGCCUUCCCCUGUUUCUCUUGUUCUGCAGCAGAGCUCCUCUGUUCUCUCUGUAUCUUUCCUCUGUACCUUUUUCUUUUGACAGACUAUAUAUCCACUGUUGUAAUAAUCCAAACCAGAGAAGCCAGUGCUUGAGAUAUAUCAACAAAAUACGGAAAUGAAAGUUCUCUUCCUCUUGGCUUGCUCUUCGUUUCUAUCGGCGGAUGGAGUAUAAUCGACAUACAGGUGUCUUGUUUUAAUCAUUAGUUCGGGGUGAUGAUAGUAUCGAUAUUAUAUUUUAUUCCUUCUUCCUCCCGCCUGAUGGAGACGGGGGGAUGGCAAGGUGAUGGGUAUCUUUAUCUCCCUCCUUCGUUCCAAUUUCUUAAUUAAUGCGUGGAUAACAU